CAAGGGCUUGGCUCUGUGGGACUGAGAGAGACAGAGAGGGAGAGAGAGAGAGAGAGAGGCCCAGAAGAGGAGCCAGGGCAGAGGGCCGAGGGGAAGCAGUGGUGGCCCCGGAGGCUGUGACCUUCUCAGGCCCCGCUGGGCGGCCUGGCUUGCCGUUUGGGGCUGGCUAAUGAUUAGCAGGGAAAAUGUCACUCUGGGGCAUGCACACCUUCCGGGAGCGAGGGGCCAGUGGCAGGCAGGGGCCACCUCUGUGUUUACAGCCCGGCCUGUGACGUGACAGGGCCAUUUCAAGAGGAACUUCCUGCUAACCGGCGACCCGGGUGGAGAUUCUCGGCGGCCACACAGGUUUGUUCCUGCGUUUGCGUGGAGGGAGGGCGGAGGCCCAGAUGCCUCUGGGAUCAGAGAACCUUCUGUGACGCCGGAAGAGGAGAACUUCCUGCCCGAGGGUGAAGAAGACGCGUGGUGAUGGAGGGCAGGUGGAAAGGCAUCUCGACCGUGCUGGUCAUCCUGGCUGGGCUGGCAGCUUCUGGAUCCAGCUAUCACAUCAUAGAAGGUCCCAAGAAUGCAACGGUGCUGGAGGGCUCGGAGGCUCGCUUCAACUGCACGGUCUCACAGGGCUGGAAGCUCAUCAUGUGGGCUCUGAAUGGCACGGUGGUUCUGAGCAUCACGCCCUCAGAGCCCAUCAUCACCAACGACCGCUUUACCUCUGCGAGCUACCAAGAGGGCGGCAACUCCAUCUCUGAGAUGAUAAUCCAUGAUGUGCAGCUCCGUGACGCGGGGCACAUCAAGUGCAGCCUCCAGAACAGUGACCGCGAUGCAUCCGCUUUCCUUUCAGUGCAAGUUAUGGGGGCGUUGCUCAUUCCCGGAGGCAACCUUGUAGUCGCGGAGGAUGAACCUUGUAAUGUGACUUGCCACGCAUGGGGCUGGAUCCCGCCCCCAGGUAUUUCCUGGGAUAUCGGCGUUCCCGUGAGCCACUCGAGCUAUCAUUCCGUUCCGGAGCCCAACAAUACCCAAAGUGCAGUGAGCGUCCUGACUCUCACACCACAGGGCAACGGGACUUUGACUUGUGUGGCCACCAUGAAAGGGCUGCAUGCCCACAAGUCUGUAACUGUGAAUCUUACUGUGGUUCAGCCUCCUUUGGGCAGUAUUGAUAAAGCAGGUACAUCCUUGCCUACCUGGGCCAUAAUUCUGCUUGCAGUAUCAUUUUCGUUGCUUUUGAUCCUGAUCAUUGUUCUGAUUAUAAUAAUCUGCUGCUGUUGUGUCUCCGGGAGAGAGAAAAAAGAAUCUAGUUAUCAAAGUGAAAUAAGGAAAUCUGCAAGUGUGAAGACAAACAAAGAAACUUUUGAGACAAACUUAGAAAGUGGCAGUGAAAACCUGGGCUACAGUUCAGACGAGCCGCGGACGGCAAAACUUGCUUCUUUUGCUCCAGUGUCCUCUGAAUCCAGUGUUCAGGAACAACACAGCGGUAGGCAACCUUAUCAGGGACCCGACCGCCGGUGGCGGGGUCCAGCAGGUCGCCCGCAGGUUUCCUUUUCCGUGGCCAGUCCUAGGACCGUGAGGAAUGUAACUUUGGUCUAGCGAAGACGUCCCUCGGGUUCCAUUCUGCACAUGGCUGAUAACAUGCAUCACGCCCGCGUCGUCCUUCCUCUCCGUCCCAAGGCUGGGCUCCCGUUUCGCCAGUGUUACCGGGAAGCAGUGAUGCCGGAGUAAUCGGAAUGGACACUUUAUCGUGAAAGAAGGGGUCCGCUUCCCCACCUUCCAGCACAGAAUUUGGUUUUCAAAACGUUUCACGAUUUUAGUGAAUUCCACCAAGUUGCUGAGUAAAAGCUACGAGUCCAUUGUGGUGAUUUACUCGUCACCGGACACUCCUUCUUGCUAUCUAAUAAACGGCAGAUAAGCCUAUAUCAUACCAUGACUUUUAAAAUAUUUUUGUUAUUGUAAUCAUAUGAAGACAAUAUUUAUGUAUGUUUAAUAUGGGGGACAUUAUUGUAUAUUGUUCGCGAAAAAAAGAGCAUACAUAUUAGGAUCAAUCAGAAAUCUAAGAUUGCCUGGGAAAUCAGAACUCAUAGGUUAAGAAAAGAUUAAGUUCAAAGCCGACGUACACAUUGUGGAUAUUUCCAUGAAGACAUUCACUUUUGUCUGCUCCUUAUCAGGCUCCCUCUCCAAUGAGUUAGAUGUGGAUUUUGCUUUGUGGGGGAUGUAACUUACAUACCACAAAUGCCAUGAAAACACUGGAAAUGGGUAACGUGUUCUUUAAUAAAUAAAAGAGAAAACACCAAAAAACAUGUAUUGCCUCUCUUAAUUCCUUACUAUUCAGGUGGUAGUUUAAGGAAUCAUGAUGUUUAGGAAUCAAACAUUUCUUAAAAGCAACAUGAGAUGUCUGAAAAAAAAAAAAAUCAAAGGGCGCCUGGGUGGCUCAGUCGGUUGAGCAUUCGACUUGGGCUCAGGUCAUGAUCUCACAGCUUGUGAGUUCGAGCCCCAUGUUGGGCUCUGUGCUGACAGCUCAGAGCCCGGAGCCUGCUUUGGAUUCUGUGUCUCCCUCUGUCUCUGCCCCUAACCCACUCACAUUGUCUCCGUCUCUCUCAAAAAUAAAUAAACAUU